AUGGCAGCCACGCUCCGAAACGUCACCAGAGCUGCUACCUCCUCUGUCUCUCGCCACAUUAUACCCAGAACAUCCCAUCGCUCCUUCCAGACCAAAGUCUACGACAGCGGCAUCCCCUCUUACGCCUUCGCCUUCGACAUCGAUGGCGUACUCCUCCGCUCCUCCACCCCCCUUCCCGGAGCCUCGGAAGCAUUACGAUAUCUGCAGCGACAACGAAUACCUUUCAUACUGCUGACCAAUGGCGGCGGCAAGAGCGAAGCAGAACGGGUAGCCGACAUAUCCGAGAAGCUGAAUGUUGAGCUAGACGUAGGCAUGUUUGUGCAGUCGCACACCCCCUUUGCGGAAAUGGAGCAGUACAAGAAUAAGACAGUGUUGGUCGUGGGCGGUGACUACGAUAAAUGUCAACGAGUAGCAAUCGAUCACUAUGGAUUCAAGAAUGUUGUGACACCUGGGGACAUCGUGACCGCAUACCCGGACAUCUGGCCCUUCAGCAAAGUGUUCAUGGAUUACUACAAAGCAUUCGCCAAACCACUACCGAAACAUAUCAAUCCCGACUCACCUUCCGAGAGUCUCAAAUUCGACGCGAUAUUCGUGUACAACGACCCGCGAGACUGGGGUCUAGAUGCUCAUGUCAUCCUCGAUCUACUGCUCUCCUCUCAAGGACGGCUAGGCACACUAUCCAAGAAGAAUGGCAACAAAUCAUUACCAAACAACGGCUACCUCCAAGACUCCCAGCCAGCCCUAUAUCACAGCAACCCGGACCUCUGGUGGGCCUCCUCCUACCCACUCCCCAGACUAGGUCAGGGAGGAUUCCGCAGUGCAUUCGAAGGGCUCUGGAACACAGUGACUGGUGGCGCGAAGCUGGAGCAGACGAUCAUCGGCAAACCGCACCAGCCUACUUACGAGUUUGCGGAGACGCGACUGCGACGACACAGGAAGAAGUUAUUCGGGCAACAAGGCCUGAAUGAUCCGCUGAGAAAGGUGUACAUGGUAGGGGACAAUCCCGAGUCCGACAUACGUGGGGCGAACAAUUACCAGAGUCCGCAUGGGAGUCAGUGGAAGAGUAUUCUUGUCAAGACUGGGGUGUAUCAGGAUGGUGCGGAGCCGACCGCGAAGCCGACCGUGACUGUAAGUAAUGUAGAGGAGGCUGUGACAUGGGCAGUGGAGGAUGCCAAGAAGGGAGACUGA